UGUUGCAAGAAUGCCAUGCAAGCAAAAAGUAGUCAGCAGACAUACCAGACACCAACAGAACAAAUUUACAGAGCAGAUCCAUCCACAAAGGUCACCAUCCUUUGAAUUUUAAGAACAGGAUGUCUGUUAAGAAUUAAUGGCCGCAUCUGUUUGGUCUCUGUAAUCGUGCUGUGAUUAAGGGACAUGGACAUUUAGUCACAAGUAAUGUGGGCGUCAGUGCUUCAUGUUGGUUCACCACCAUCUGCUGCUACCCAAAGGUGUGAGCACCUGUGCAAACCUGAUGGAGGGGACCAGUGAUAUUGAUCUGAAACAACCGAUGCAUGUCAGCAUGCCGUAUUGUGCAGGCACCCAAGAUCUGCCACUUAUGACCAUGGACCAAGGCAACAUCACAGAAAGCUAUGAAACCAGCUACAACACCAAACUCAUUGACAGUAACUGUAAUUUCAAAGAGCUCACUUUCGGCACAUAUUUGGGGGUUGAAUUAUGGAAGGAAUGCUACUCAUGUACACACAUGAGCAUGCAAACAAACCUGACCAUGCCAAGUCCCUCAGCCGGUGGUGUCUGUGCAGUGCUCGGGUGCAGGGAACCAACUGAUCGUCCAGAAAACGUGCGAGAGACUGAGAGAAAUAUUGCCACCAACAGACAAGCUGGAUACAAAAGUUUGACAUUUGGUCUUGGUGGAUGCAAAGGCAGUGGGUGCCAAUGCAUGCAGCCCACCAAACUCUGUAGAACAAUAUCACCAAUCAUGAGUGAUGUCAAGGACUCUGUAAGUGAUGGAGGCUUUGGACAAAAUAACGUCUAUUUUGACCUCCAUGUGUCAAACGCUGAGUUUUAUAGUCAAAAUUUUAAAGAAGCCCACAAUCGUGCAUCAAAAGGAGAAUUUGUAUGUUUCAACAAAGAUGGUUGUGAUACUUGCACUAUUGAUGACAUUAGGUUCAGGUCUGUCAACGGUGAAAACACCUUUGAAGGAAAAACUUUAGACUGUUCUUGUUCAAAUGAUGGUGAAUGUCUUUGCACAGGACCGAGACCAGAUUUAAUUUCACACUCAAACAAAAAUGUCAUUCCUGUCUAUGUACCAAUGAAAGAAUACACUGCUCGAGAGGAAUUAGAUGCUUGCACAAAUAUUGCACCACACAUGGUACAUUCACUGUCUCAUGAAUGGCCUUUGAAUCCCAGCUACAUUGAAGAAUCUGCUUACCUAAAUUCCAACAAACAUCACAAACUAGUUACCAUCUUUGAUGCAGAACGGCCAUCACUAAUCGAUAGGGUGAGGCCUGAUGUCUCCACAUUGCAGCAGGAAAUGUCCACAGGCAUGAAAAUGUCCACAGGCAUGGCUCACCCAGCAGAGUGUCCAGGACAGAAACCUGUGGAAUGUAUAGAUGUCUUCGACGAGCUGAGCGAGCAGCUGGGUCUCACAGUUCAGGAGAUCAAAGACUUGGUGAGUGACGAGGACAACUUCAAAGACCUCUGCAACCUGGUGGACAAGAAUGGGAUGUUCAGCAACGAAGGCGCUCCUAGCCAAGGGGCAGCAGCAAACAAUGUUCCAGUGCCACAAGUAAUGAACUCUAAUAAUUCUCAGGGUGAUGGCGGCCUACACUGCAUUAAUGGAGGCAGAAACAGUUGUCCAGAUUCACAAUCCAUGCAUGGAAUAGAUAAAGACCAGGACAGGCCUGACCAUGAAGCUGCUUAUUAUGAUGGGCCUCCUGUCAACAGUGCAAGUCCACUCUUUGCUCUGGCACAAGGAACCCAGCUGGAAAGUCCUAUUGGUGUAGGAGAGAAGAAGAAGAAAAACAUCAUGGAGGGCAGGAAAAAGAGGCAUGCGUCAGUUAGACAGCAAGAAGAGAAACAGAGCAAGGAUAGACAGUGUAACCUCAUUAAUCGAAAGGAAAAAAAGAGGGAGCAGGAUAUUCAGAAAGGCUUAAAAAAUCUGUUGCGAAAGCUGCCUGCAAAUGUCAAGGGUUACCGGAGCUCCAAACACACCCAGAAUGCAAUUAUGAGCAGCACCUGUGAUCACCUCAAUGAUCUGAAGAGGGACAUGCAGAUGAACAGUCAUGCUGAACCAGAUCACCAGAAAGGCUCAAAUACUGAAAAAGUCGAGGCAGAGGGGGCCCACUAUGAGCUGCCACUUGGCUCGACAGAGGAAGGCAACAACCAAGACCUCAGCAGCGACACAAAAUUGUCUAAGAAGAGAUACCUUCAUUUCAAAAUGAAAUACCAGCAACACCUGGAGAAUAUAUAUCCAAACAUUGGCACCGAGCAAACCAAGAGACUGGUGAAUGCCAAGUGGGAUUCAAUGCGCCUGGACGAGAAGCAGCUCUACAUCAACGGGUGUCAUCACCGUGAGCUGACAGAGCAGGACAAUGAUGACUCAUCUUUGAAGUACAGCACUCGGCCUUUAUUUCCAAAAAGUACCGACGGCAUGGCUGAAACGGGCUCAAACCGUCUGAGGGACUGGCAGUACUUGCAAACGCUGAAAGAGCAGACGGAGAAGCGGCAGACGCCGCAAUGGAUCAUGGGGGCCGUGAAGACGUGGCGUAAUAGGAAGAGGUGGAGGAGAAAAAAAUGCAGGUCAGGCCUUAAACAAGAAGGCAGCAUCAGCGUACGCAACUGGGUGCAAUGUGACAGGUGUAACAAGUGGAGGAAGCUUCCGCUCGGCACAAGUUUGGAUACCCUCCCAGAGCAGUGGUUUUGCGAGAUGAACCCUCACCCGCUGAACAUGGGAUGCGCCGUGCCAGAGCAGCCAAUGGGAGAAGAUGGUGUGGCGCCCGAAAACAGAGAGGAUGAAUAAUCUCUGAGGUCCUCUGUGCAGUGCAAGUUUUAAGGUGACAGCACCAGUGGCGUGGGGGCCAAGAGUAGCCAGGGGGAGGGGGGAACAGCGCAGCGGUAAGGGGAUUUGUGUCAGGCCCAAACCAUCUUUCGUUUUAACACGUAGGCUUUCGCGACCAAUAUUAUUCAUAAU